AUGAUUAGUGCAACUUCCUUUUCUACCCAUCUUGGGACUCGUCCGCCGCGUUACCGCACUCCCUCACCUCCGCGACGCGCCGUCGAGCCGAUUUCACCCUGCUCGACCUCCGACAUCCGAGCCUCAUGGAUUGACCGCAGCAUCUCCAGGGUGGCUUCCUCCGAUCGCGAUCAAUACCUCCCGCAUCAUAGUGGCUAUCAUGCUGCAGACCAAUCAGCUUCUCAUCGACCGAGUCAUGGCAGAUCGAGUUCGACCAUCGACGCUCUCGCGACUAUCGCUUUAGCGACAAGUCCUACCUUCGCACCUCUCUCCUACCGACCUCCUUCUCAAAACUCCACACCCGCACUGUCGCUUUUCCCCUCUGAACAUAAUGAAUCAUCCGAACGUCCCGUCAAGCGACCGCGCUCAGAAAAACACCAAUCGCCGUUUUCCCCACACCGGUCGCUGCCCGUGUCCGAUGCAAAUUCUUCUUCGCUGCUUGACAGCAUGAAGACGGAUGCAGAGCUUCUAUUAAACCUUGCCCGACCUACCAACUUCCAGCCUGUCAUUCAAUCCGCAAAACGAGUUAGCAUAGAUGAAGCCGCUCAUUACCACGGCGAUGAAACACGGCGUUUCGACAGGGCUGGAUCCGCCAUGGGAUCAUGGGUCACUCACACCGAAAAUUCCACCCACAAUCCAGCGGGCAGCAGCACUCUGCCACCAGCCCGAAUGAGGUCACAAUCCGAUGGAUCAGCAGCCAUUGCGCGACCUUCAAUACAAGGCCUGCGACCUAACACCAGCUCAUCAACUCUUCCUCCGAUACUUUGGCAAGAUGAAGAGGAUGCCGAGGACGAACACUGGAUCGCAACUAACAACCAGAACUUAGCUGUCAUACAAUCCAGUGUGCAGGGUGUAGAUGUCAUGCGCGGUAGUCAUGCAGGACCGAUGCAGGAUUUACCUUCCAAGACGGAGGAUGAUACCGAAUCGGACGUGUCUAGCCAGGCCAGCUGUGCCGCUUGCAAUCUCGUCCGCAUCCCAGUCGAUACCGGCGAGCAGGGUGAUGUGACCUGGAUUAGUUGCGACGGCUGCAAGCGCUGGUUUCAUAUCGUCUGCGCUGGGUUCAAAAACGAUAGAGAGGUACGGACUGUGGACAAAUUCAUCUGCCGCAGCUGUGGACCAUUUCAUGGACGGACAACAUUCGUCCGCAAGUCCUCUCGAGCCCGUACCGCAAUUGACUAUGCCGGCCUCAAUCAAGGGCUAGUCAAAGCCGCCACGGAUUCAUUGGCACACCAUUACAUUGAACCCAUUCGCCAAGGCAAGAUCCGUUUCCUCCCCGAGAACUUUCCCCGCAUGCGCCCAGAGCUCAUUACGGCUGAGUACUUCGAACGAGGCAGUGGCAUGACGGAACCGAUAGUCGUUCCCGCCAAGUGGAACUCCCGGGACUCGAUCCCGACCCUAAGCGCGGACUUAGACGCACUGGCGCAAGAGGCACCCACGCAAGAGAUGUUCGAUGAACUUUUAGACCAUCUCGAUGUGGAAGAAGAGGCCUUCAGACAAGUGGUUGACUGCGGCCAGGAUCAACUGGACAUGGUGAUACCUCAGGGCCUAACAGUUAGGCAUGUGGCUGAGCUUUACGGACCAGAUGAGAGGGUUGAGGUAAUCGACGUCAAGUCACAGCAGGGAGAGGACAAGAGAUGGACCAUGCAAAAAUGGGCUGACUACUACGAGAGCACUGGUGAGAAAGUAGUGCGAAAUGUCAUCAGCUUAGAAGUGUCUCAGAGUCCAUUGGGCAGGCUAAUCCGACGGCCAAAAGUGGUUCGUGAUCUGGACUUGCAGGAUUCAGUCUGGCCUCAAGAACUCCAAGCAGUGGGAGAUUACCCGAAAGUUCAGUUCUACUGCUUGAUGUCCGUGGCCGAUUGUUAUACUGACUUCCACAUCGAUUUCGGCGGAUCAUCAGUCUAUUACCAUAUCUUGAAAGGCAAAAAGACCUUCUUCUUCAUCCCGCCUACGGACAAGCAUUUGAAGAAAUAUGAGGAGUGGUGCAACUCGCCCGCACAGGAUACCACCUUUCUUGGUGACCAAACUAAGGAAUGCUACCGCGUGGACCUUGCCGAAGGUGAUACGAUGUUGAUUCCUUCUGGUUGGAUUCACGCGGUGUGGACUCCGGAGAACAGUCUGGUCAUUGGUGGCAACUUCUUGACAAGACUGAACUAUGGGAUGCAGAUCAAGAUUGCAAACAUCGAGAAAGACACGAAGGUUCCAAGGAAGUUUCGUUAUCCUUUCUUCCAGAAAAUCCAGUGGUACACCGCGUUGAAGUACCUCGAGGAAGAUCCGGUCCCCCAGGGCGUUCUCGACGCAUUUGGACAGGAUGAAAAUUAUCGAUUCCAUCGGGAAUAUCCCAUUUACUAUGAGUUUGGAGAGCGGGCGAAUACUGCACCAUCUGGCUCUCCUUAUCACAAUUCACGCUUCUAUUCGCAAGCGGAAUUGGAGGGCUUGCCAGACCUUGCGAAGUACCUUCUGCGUACGGCCUUAAUCGCUGGAUCCUACAUUGUGGAAGGGGUGACGACGGAUGCUAGGAAUGCAGUCAAACGAUCAAUACCGAGGAUACCAGGCGAGCCAGUCGACAUUGUUAAGCAGUUUGCAAUCUGGGUUGCCUGGAAGCGCGGAAACGAGAAAGCACCUCAAUGGACUCGCCCUGGCGUGAUUGAAAGCAACCCGAAACUCGGUCUCACCGAGAAAAAGCCAGCUGGGAGACCUAGUCGUCGCUCAGAGCGCAACGUGGACAAUCAGCGCACUUAUGCAGAGAGGCAGGCUGUGCAGCGACUUCCAGAGCUACCCCAAGAUUCGUCGAAUUAUUCUAGCAGCAAGAAUAUUUCUAGAGUGCCUUCGACGACUGCGGAGACUCUUAUGCCCGCCGUCUUCACAAGCGCCAACGCCGGUGUCAAAGAGGAGCCUGUGUCUAAGCCUCGAACAGCACCUCGAGGCUCAGGGUUGGGUCCUAAGCGGGUUGCAUGUGAUGCUUGUCGCAAACGCAGAAUUCGCUGCCAUCACAAAGACGAGCAGAGUGAUGGCUUUACAUCGAAACAGACGGCUAUUGGUCCUUAUGGUACCGGGGCCCAUUCGCCGGCGCAUGACGCGGCGUCUGCUCUGAAUUCCUUGGCAGCCAUUGCUUCAGAAGCGGGCCUUCAGGACAAUGGCGUAAGUAGGAACUUAGACCGGUUUGAUGCCUCUAUGAUCACUGUGGCCACCCCGCAUGCACCGACCACUGGACUUAACGAAUUUAGUCCCGACGGGCCACAUACCGGAAAGAAAGGCCGAAGCAAGGCUUGUGAUGACUGCCGAAAGAGCAAGCGCCGGUGCAUUCAUGAUGAGUAUGGGAGAAUUGAUCCCAUCAAAGCUCAGGAAAGAGCGAAACCACGUGCCGCGGCCUCUGCGAAACGUGCUCGUCCCAAUGAAGAAGGAAUCGGCUCCGCUGUUAGUAAACGAAUGAAGCACGAAAGCACUUCUCCUAUCGCUAGGCCGCUCCAUUUCGGCAGCAGAGACAACUGUAUGCUGGAAACACAGGAUCAACCUGGCCAUACUCUUAAAGAUCUGGACCUCAAUGGCCCAUAUAAUGAUGCCUCCCAUGAUGCUCAAGACUCUCCGCAACAAGCAGCGGCGGACAAAGAAGCUCAGCUCGGGCAGACCUCAUACGCAUCCCCCCCGACGUUCCAGUCAGAUACCGUGGUGACGAGCGAGGUCAACUCCGCUCUCGCUUCCAAACCAACAGCUACUCUUGUUUCGCCACCGACCUCGUUGGCAGAUGAAACUGACGUACCCAAUGAUUAUGCAGAUGGCGAAGGAGAACAUGUUGUAAUCUUGCAUACGCCCACUUCUAGCUCGCGACAUUCUUCCCGCCAACCUCGCCAGGUCGACCGGUAUGUUCCCGAAAUUCAUGCUAUCAAGGCGAAUAAGUCGACGAUGCACACGCCCGGUGCACGUCGAUCAUCAUUCGGUGCGUCGAGUACCGGUGUACGCAGAUCAACUCCUGGCCCACCUUUGGGGAUCAAGAAAUCAGCAUCGCGACCCUCGUCUUCACACAAUGCAAAGAAGAGUUUCUGGUCGACGGAUGAGAAGAAAGGCGAGCGUGCUGCUACGGCCUCCAUCUCUCCGGGGCAAAUGAACAAGCCGACAAAGCGCGCGGCUGACGACGAGCCGGACGCCGAGAGUCUUCGUCUAAUCCGCGAACUUCAGGAAGCCGAAUUCGGUUUACGGAAGCGAUCUACAAGAGCGUGAAUCGGGCUACGCUUCAGGCCGAUCCGCUCAGUGGAAACCGAUUUCCUUUUUUUCCUUUUUUUUUUCUUUUUUUUUCUCAGUCUUAUCUAGAUUGCCUUCAUCGGGCAACCGGCUAGUCCGAGUCAAGGUGCCUCAAACCAGUCGGUUCGGCUAUUUUCUAGGAUGCGGAGUUUGAGAGUUUGUGGGAGUCUGGCGGACAUGGUAUCGCUUAAGUUUCUCUUCAUUCUUUGAUCAGGAUCAUGGUUUGUGAUUUCAUUUGGCGUCUUGUUGCUUGGUUGGGUGUUUUGCAGCUUUUCCAUAACCCCAUCUGUCUUACAUCGUUCGAGAACCCUUUCAGCCUCUGAUUUCUUUGUUGUGUUUGUAUAUCCGGCGUUGUUAUUACACGG